AGGGUGAAGUCGAAGAACUCGUAACCCAACACCGAUUCCCUUUCAGACACUCUCUUUGCCGCUUCAAGCUUCGGCUGACUUCAUUCCUAUCUCCCUUCAUCAUCUUCAGGGAUAUUUAAAAUGACAGAGCCUUCUAAAGUCAUUCACGUUCGGAAUGUUGGUCAUGAAAUUUCUGAGCCUGAUCUGCUUCAGCUAUUCCAGCCUUUUGGAGUCAUCAACAAACUAGUGAUGCUUCGUGCUAAAAACCAGGCUCUGCUUCAAAUGCAAGAUGUUCCCUCAGCUGUCAAUGCAAUGCAAUUCUAUGCCAAUGUUCAGCCAAGCAUAAGGGGUAGAAAUGUUUAUGUUCAGUUCUCGUCUCAUCAAGAGCUAACUACUAUGGAGCAAAAUACUCAAGGACGAGGAGACGAGCCUAAUCGUAUACUCUUGGUUACGAUUCAUCACAUGCUAUACCCUAUAACCGUGGAAGUUCUACAUCAAGUAUUCUCCCCUCAUGGAUAUGUGGAGAAGGUCGUCACAUUUCAAAAGUCAGCUGGUUUUCAAGCACUUAUUCAAUUUCAAUCGCGUCAAAGUGCUGUUUCUGCCAGAAAUGCCCUUCAGGGGCGUAAUAUAUAUGAUGGUUGCUGUCAACUAGAUAUUCAGUUCUCAAAUCUUGAAGAGUUGCAAGUGAAUUACAAUAAUGAGCGGUCUAGGGAUUUCACAAACCCAUCGCUGCCUUCAGAACAGAAAGGGAGACCCUCUCAACCUGGAUACGGAGAUGCAGGAGUUGGAUUUCCUCAGAUGAACAAUGCUGCUGCAAUUGCGGCUGCAUUCGGAGGAGGGUUGCCUCCUGGAAUUAGUGGGACGAAUGACAGAUGCACUCUUCUUGCAUCUAAUCUAAAUCCUGACAGGAUAGAUGAGGAUAAACUCUUCAACUUGUUCUCUCUGUAUGGGAACAUUGUCAGAAUCAAACUUCUUCGCAAUAAACCAGAUCAUGCCCUAGUUCAGAUGGGUGACGGCUUUCAGGCUGAGUUGGCUGUACACUUUUUGAAGGGAGCUACCCUAUUUGAGAAGCGGUUGGAGGUUAAUUUUUCAAAGCAUCCAAAUAUCACAAUGGGGGCUGAAACACACGAGUAUUUGAACUCGAAUCUGAAUCGUUUUAACCGCAACGCUGCUAAAAAUUACCGCUAUUGUUGCUCACCAACCAAGAUGAUCCACUUGUCGACCCUGCCACAGGACGUGACAGAAGAGGAGAUUGUAUCGCACCUGGAGGAACAUGGCAGCAUUGUGAACACAAAACUAUUCGAAAUGAAUGGUAAGAAGCAGGCUCUUGUGUUAUUCGAAAGCGAAGAACAGGCAACUGAAGCUCUUGUCUGCAAGCACGCAAGCACACUUGGCGAUUCCAUGAUUCGUAUCUCCUUUUCUCAGUUGCAGACAAUUUGAGUAAAAUCUCAUCAUGUUGAUGGAUUUCUUGGAUAAAUUUGGUGAUUUUCAUGACAACUGUUUUGUUUGUUUGUUUGUUUUAGUGUGUAUUCUUACAACUACAACUCCCUUUGCAUUUUAGAUGGUAGUGGGGUACCUUUUGUUUUUGGUCCUUUUGGGUUGUAUAAUUAGUUAUUUGUGUUCUUUCAGACUGCUGGCCAUAUGUAUGUUAUUUUGCACACAGAAGAAUAGAAACUUGAAAGUGGCACUUUCUUGU